GAAGAAGAAAAGCAAACCUGACGGUGGGCUUGCGCGUUGAUGUUGGGACUUAUUAGCUGCUAGCUGCUGAUUUUUUGUUUGUUUGCUUGCUUUUUCGGGCGCUUUUUGUUUUUAUCCGGUAAUUCCCCAACGUUCAGAAAAUGUCUGUGACUGAAAUGUUCAGCUACAUCCAGGGAUUCUUGAGCGCCGACCAGGACGUCAGAGAGGAUAUCCGCAAGGUGGUCCAGAAUUUGGAGCAGACCGCCAGGGAAAUCCUUACGGUGCUUCAAAGUGUUCACCAGCCAUCUGGGUUCAAAGAGAUUCCCAGUAAGUGUGCCAGGGCGCGGGAGUUAUUCUGCACUGUAAGGACGCACCUGGCUGAGCUCAAAACCAAAUUUCCCGCUGAGCAGUAUUACAGGUUCCAUGAACACUGGCGGUUUGUCCUGCAGCGUUUGGUCUUCUUAGCGGCCUUUGUCGUCUACCUGGAAAGCGAAGCCCUCGUCACGCGGGAGGAGGCGGCUCAGAUACUUGGAAUUGAAGUUGUGCGAGAGAAGGGCUUUCACCUGGACGUUGAAGAUUUCCUGGCUGGAGUGCUGAUAAUGGCCAGUGAACUGUCGCGGUUAGCGGUGAACAGCGUCACAGCGGGAGACUACAGCCGGCCGCUCCGCAUCUCGAACUUCAUCAAUGAGCUGGACUCGGGCUUCCGCCUGCUCAACCUGAAGAACGACCCGCUGAGGAAGCGCUACGACGGUCUGAAGUACGACGUGAAGAAGAUCGAAGAGGUGGUCUACGACCUGUCCAUCCGCGGUCUGGCGAAGGAGCCCGAGUCCGGCGGAGACAAGUAGAACGAGGAGCGUCGUUGGUUUGCUGUUGGGGCGGGGUUGUGUUGGCAGCUGCUUCCUGCUGCAGGACCUUCUGCAUGAUUGCCGCAGGUUGGAGACCUGGAAAGUCGGAGAUUCAGGGAUCUGCCUGAGGUCCCCAGCAGCCAAGGACAGACGGUGUGUCUGUGUAUGCGUGCGAGUGUUUCAGCAUGUAUUUGUGCAAAUGCAUGCGGGAGCGGUGGUUCACAUGGAUGUCAGUCUGUCAGAAAGGCAGCAGAGGCGUUAAGAGGAUCUCGGCGUUCUCAUUCAGAAGUUUAAGAUUAAAGGUUCAGUUUGUUGCAAGUUUUGGAAACGUGUUCCUGUGUUGCAGCGUCAUUGUAUUUCACCGUUCGUUCCGAUUUUCAACAGGGCCCUGUUUGGGAAGACUGUCGGAGAUAUCGUUUGAGUGUUUCAAUCAUUUUGUUCUGUGUUGUGUUCUAUUUCUCUUGUCAAAAUGAUAAAUUUGUAAAAAAAAAAAAAAAAAAAAGCUGUUUAC